AUGUGUAUCACCAACACGACUGAGGCUGAGCCAGUGUCCUCAAUCACAUUUCGCUCAAAGGACGAGGCCAUCUUUUCGGUGCUUUCCAAAGAUCGAGAUGUACAGGACCCCUGGGUUUGUACGAACUCAGACCUGGAACUUCGUGGAACGAAGGAUUUGAAGGCCGCUGAGCAUGUCUUUGCCUCCCUGAACUUCUCAACCAUCGCCUCGACAGAGGUUGGUGGGACGAUGUACAACACCGGCCGCCAUGUCUCACUCCGGCUCGACAAAGAGCACCUGGUGAACAUCUCCGGUGGACCAAUGACAUAUAGCCAUCGUCUUGAGGAGAUCAGGUUACACUUUGGAAGUGAGGAUGGACAGGGCUCUGAGCAUCUUCUCAACGGCCAGGCCUUUUCUGGGGAGGUGCAGCUUAUACAUUACAACCAUGAACUGUACACAAACUACACAGAAGCUGCUAAGAGUCCAAAUGGCUUGGUGAUAGUGUCUAUAUUUAUGAAGAUAUCCGAGACUUCAAAUUCAUUUCUGAAUCGGAUGUUGAACAGAGACACCAUCACAAGAAUAACAUAUAAGAAUGAUGCAUACCUUCUCUCGGGGCUAAACAUUGAGGAGGUUUAUCCAGAGACAGCAAGUUUUAUCACUUACGAAGGGUCUAUGACAAUCCCACCAUGCUACGAGACUGCAACAUGGAUUCUAAUGAACAAGCCAAUUUACGUCACAAAGAUGCAGAUGCAUUCCAUGCGACUGCUAAGUCAGAACCAGCCCUCGCAGAUAUUCCUCAGCAUGAGUGACAACGUGCGCCCAGUACAGCCUCUGAACAACCGCUGUAUCCGCACCAACAUCAACUUCAGCAUGCAGGGCAAGGACUGCCCCAACAACAGGGCACAGAAGUUACAAUACCGAGUGAAUGAAUGGCUGCUGAAAUAGAGCCAGACUCCUGACCAGCCCAAGAACACUAUGAAAAAGAACAAGGAGAAUUGCCCAUGGAUCAGUACAGAAUGAAGACUGACAUAUGUCCUGCCAGAUACAGUCAUGAUGUUGUAAAGAAAAACAACCAAACCCCAGCAAGAAGAGACUUUGCACCCAUAGCAAAGAGAUCCAGUUUCAUACAUCCAAUCAAAACUAGUGACAUACAGUUAGAACUACACAAAUGUUUUGAUACCUUUUUGGGGGGGGGAACACUAACAAAAAAUACAACAUUUAUUUCAUAGGCUCUUCACAAAUGGAACUGAAUGUUUUUAGCCUUUGUACAUAUGGACAACUUGCUACCAAUCUGGGAAAAAAGGACAGGACAUUGAACCACCCUACCAAUACAGAGACAUCCUUGAAACAUAACUGCAUUCUCAAUCUUUAUUCUCGCUCACGCUGUGGAGAGAAGGGACAGGCAGCCUUGCAGGUUUAUUGUCAAGACUAAAAAAAACAUCAUAAAGACGAUAUGGGGUGAUGUUUGUGAAAAAAAAAAAAAAAAAAAAAAGUGUCUUGGCCUUGUAAAUAAAAUUAUUCAUGCUGAAAAUGAAUAUGUAAAGAUACAAAUAAACAUUAAAAAAAUAAUAAUAUCAGAGGGAAAAAUAAAUGAAAAAAAAAUUUAAUAUUUUAUGCUUGGCGCACUUUCUGGAGCAGAGCUGAUGCCUUUUUUUCUGUUUCAUUGUUUACAAUGGUCAUACACUGUGUUUGAUAAAUGUUAUCGGCCCAAUAAAUGUGUUUGGAAAGUUAAUUUUUGUA